CGCUAGGUGGCGGUAAUGCAACUUCUCGUACUAAGUUUACUGGUCAGAGUUCAAAGUUCACUCGACACUGCAGCGCUCGCCUUACGUUCCCAUGCUAGCCGACGAUGGCUAAACAUCAUCCAGAUUUGAUCUUUUGCAGAAAACAGGCCGGUGUCGCUAUCGGGAGACUUUGCGAGAAGUGUGAUGGAAAAUGUGUCAUCUGUGACUCCUAUGUGAGGCCUUGCACACUGGUGCGCAUCUGCGAUGAGUGUAACUACGGCUCCUACCAGGGACGCUGUGUCAUCUGCGGAGGACCCGGCGUGUCUGAUGCCUACUACUGUAAAGAGUGCACCAUUCAGGAGAAAGAUCGGGAUGGCUGUCCUAAGAUUGUGAAUCUUGGCAGCUCCAAAACAGAUCUGUUCUAUGAAAGGAAGAAGUAUGGCUUCAAGAAGAGGUGAAGACGCUACUGCCCAGUCCUUGUUUUAGUUUUUCAGCUUUUGCAGAUUUUUUUUUUUUUAAUUUUUUUUUUUGAAACCUCAAGAAAUGUUUUUUGACUUGUCAAUAAAGCUCUCUUUUAUAUUUCGGUC